AUGUCAGUGAAUCCAUUUGACCCGUCAAUGGACCAGGAAGUCGACCCCUGGGCAACUAGCAACCCAAGCAAGCCAAUUAGUGCUACUGGAGGCUCAUCUAGCAUGUAUGUUUCUUCAGAAUGGGGUGAGGCAGAGCAUCAGAACAAUAUAUUGAACAGAGACGAGUCAAUAUUUGGCUCCGGAAGCGUUCUCAAUAGCUCAAAUGGGAUGGAAGAGAGUCCUUUGGUCCCGGAAGUGUCAAACAACAUUAAACAUGGAGAAACAACAACUGUGAGCGACAAAAAUACUGAAAGAGGGGAAAUUUCGGUUGAGGAAGGGGGUGAUAUUGAAGAAGAAGAACAGUCAUACAAUGCACUGCAGUCGGAAGAGUGGGCAGAUGACAUUGUGGCAGAAUUCAAUCCCCUUAGUUACAGAAACUCGGAUGACAAAGUGAUACUCCAGGUGAAGGAGAUACCGGAAAAGGAAGGCCUAGUGUUUAAGCACAUCAAUUAUAUGGUGAUGCACAACAUUGAGUUUUCAAGCCAGUAUUUAAACACGUUGGAGGCAAACACAAAUGGCAAAAUUGGAGCCAAUCAGACCGGCACAAACACCAAUUCCAGCAUAAAUUCAAUUUCAGGCACGAGUACGGGACCCGGAGCAAAGAAAAGAGGAAGGGGAUCGAAUGAAACAAAAGUGGUGAGACGUUAUAGCGAUUUCGCAUGGUUAGCAGAUGCACUGAUACGGAAAUAUCCCUACCGAAUGAUUCCACCUCUCCCGCCAAAGAAGUUUGCAACAACCAAUGAUCCAGCGUUUCUUCAACGAAGAAGAAGAGGUCUUCAGCGUUUUUUGUACGAGCUAGUGAGGCAUCCAGUUCUUUCCAAGGAAAAUCUGACGGUAAUGUUUCUUACAGUGCCGAACGACUUUGCCGGGUGGCGGAAAUUCGCCAACAUUGAUCUGGGGAACGAGUUUGCAAACGUGAAAAUACACAUUCCGCACAGAUUUCACGUGAAUAUGAAGCCGGCUCUCCAGGGAUUGAGAGAUAAUGACUCCAAUUACGGAGAUAGUGCUGAAGAUGACCAGGGUUCGAAUCCAGGCUCAAAAAACAGCCAGGUCAUCAACAACAUCACACAGAUUUGGAGUGAGAGCCCGAAACAGCACACAGAGUCGGAUUUUGUUGACAACUUCAACAAAUUGGAUGGGAACUUGACCCGCCUGGCAGAAAUAUGGUCAAGGCUACUUUUUCUCGUGGACAGAAUCGAAAAGCGGGAGUUUGCAGCGGCUUUGGAUCACGAACGAGCCUCAAACAUGCUCGAUAAGUUUGUUGAAACGGACGUUAAUGUGUUUGGUGAGGAUAAUAUGGCCUCCCACAAGGCCGGAAACCUCUCUGAGGAGUUUCAGAAUCUCGACAUCAUCAACACGAUCUUCAAACAGGUGAGCAAGUUCAUGCUGAACACGAAAAAAGUGAAGUUUGAUGAGCUAAGUGCUGUCGGGGUGGAGGUUAUGGAGAACUUCAAGAAGUUCCAGGACUAUUUAGCAUCGUUGCACUUCCUCAUGCAGCGGAUAUCCAUCUACAGAAAUGAGUCAGAGAAGCAGGUGCACUCUCUUCUAGGCGGUGUGACCCACAAUUACGAUCGGCUUUCCCAAAUCAAGGGAAAGUCCGACAUCAAGGGUUCGGAAGUGGACAGGUUGGUUAAUGUUGCAACGAAAAACUCGCAACAGCUUGAAACAGUCAUCUCACAGAUCAUCUUUGUGAAGAUGACUUUCCUGAACGAGUACGCACUUUUCCAGAAGGUGAAGUACAUUGCAAGUGAGGCAAUGCAAUGCUGGUUCCGGGAACGAGCCGACUACGGUGAUAAACAGCAAGAUGCACUAAGAAGAGCUUUUAACGAUCUCGAGGAUCUUCCUUUGAGGUGA